AUGGCUGAUGAGGACCAUGAUAUCAUUGUGCAGCACAACUUUCAAAACUCUGUUUUGGGCAUUUUGUCAAAGGAGCAAAAUUUGUCUGGAGAGGAUGUGACAGAUGAUGAUGAUGACAAUGAGGAAGAGGAUAAGGAGGAUGAUGAUGAAAAUGAGGAGGAGGAAGAAGAGGAAGAAGAAAUAGAAGAAGAAACAGAGGAAGGAGAAGAAGAAGCAGAAGUACAAGGAGGACGGACAGGAAUGGAGAAAGAAAAAGAAGCAGAGGGAAAAUGCGAAAAAGAGAAACAUAGUAAAACACCUGAGGGAGAGAACAGCAAGAAUAGCACAGUGGAAACCGAAAAGACAGAAGAGACUACUCAGAAAGAGACCAUCGUUCAGCAGGAGAAAGAAAGCACUGAUAAUCACGCUGUGAAUAAUUCUUCAGAGAAUGCUGAUGACCAAGUAACUGGAAGAUUUGUUGGGAGAACAAAGUUUUCCCUGUUUAAGCGAAAGGCACUGAAAGGCCAGAAGAAUGUAAGUAGCAAAAAGGAAGAUGAAUCUGGAAAGCCAUUACAGAGUGACGAAGAAGAAAAGGACAACAUAGGUGGUGAAGACAGUAAAGAUGAAAACCAGAAUCAUACAUUGCAGAAUUCCAGGGAAACUGUGACUAACCAGGAUGGAAGGAUGAAAUCUUCUACCUGUAUAUUACUCUAACACUGUUAUAGUAUGUAAAAAUUUGGCAGUCUUAAAGCACAUAGUGCAGUUUUUACUUGAAAACAGUUAUGACUCACAAGAGAUGUUGAUGGUUGCUUUUUUGAUUGAUUUGAUUGCUGUGAUUUUAAACAUGCAGGCAAUUUUCUUUAUAUUUAUUGAUAAUUUCGGUCGUUGCAAUUAAUACGCUUAUCAGCACCUUGCUGGAGUUCUGUGUCUUAACUGUUAGUGUUGCAAAGUAAAAUAUAUUUUUUUGUAUGAAAAGUUGAAUACAGGCAUUUCAUGGUUUUUGCUAAAUAAUUUUAUUCAUCUUCAGUCUACAGAGUACCACUUUCAAUAUGAUACUCUUGUAAAAUUGUAAUGUCUUAUGGAAGAUAUUGGUUUAACAACCUAAGUGGGAACAUUGAAGUUCACAUUUUAAAGAGGGUAUUCAGUUACUUAGACAUACAUAUGCAUCUUUCUGUUUUGACUUAGAAAAAAUAACAAUAAAACGUUCAGGUUAACUGAUAGGCCAUUAUUGAGGAAUUUAUUUACAUAUGUGCCUAAUUUCAUAUAUGGGAGCAGUUCCAUUGGAGGCGGUACCCAAGAGUAGUGUGAGGAUGUAAGUAUCCUGCCAAACUGGGACUUGAAGAAACCUUCAUUUCUGAGAGGUGCUCAACACCUUUCCUCCUGCUGGAAUUAGCAUAAGCUGAUGGGAUUCUCUUCACAGAAUCAGGCCACAUAAAAUCUGGACAUCUUCACUGUUGUUUCAGUU